GGCAAACCGUGAAGAGAGCGUUCAGAGACUGAGCUUAGAGAGAGAAAGAGAGCUUAGAGAGAGAAAAUCAAAUCAAAGGAAAAAGAAUGUCGAAGGAGGUGAGGGAGGAGGGAGAGGCCGGGCGGGGCAAGGACUACGUGGACCCGCCGCCGGCGCCGCUCAUCGACGUGGCGGAGCUCACCCUCUGGUCCUUCUACAGAGCCCUAAUCGCCGAGUUCAUCGCCACUCUCCUCUUCCUCUACGUCACCAUCGCCACCGUCAUCGGCAACAACAAACAGACCAACGUUUGCGACGGUGUCGGAAUUCUCGGCAUCGCCUGGGCCUUCGGCGGCAUGAUCUUCGUCCUCGUCUACUGCACCGCCGGCAUUUCCGGUGGUCAUAUUAACCCGGCGGUGACGUUCGGGCUGUUUCUGGCAAGGAAAGUGUCGCUAUUCCGAGCCGUGGGGUACAUGUUGGCGCAGUGCGCCGGAGCCAUCGUCGGCGUUGGUUUGGUCAAGGCCUUCAUGAAGCACGACUACAACAACCACGGCGGCGGAGCCAACUCAGUAAGUUCCGGCUACAACAAGGGCACCGCUCUCGGCGCUGAAAUCAUCGGAACCUUUGUUCUUGUUUACACCGUUUUCUCCGCCACUGAUCCCAAGAGAAGCGCCCGUGACUCCCAUAUCCCUGUGUUGGCUCCGUUGCCCAUUGGUUUCGCGGUUUUCAUGGUUCAUUUGGCCACCAUCCCCAUCACCGGCACCGGCAUCAACCCGGCCAGAAGCUUCGGCGCCGCCGUCAUCUACAACCAGGAGAAGCCCUGGAACGACCACUGGAUUUUCUGGGUGGGUCCGUUCGUCGGAGCACUGGCGGCGGCGGUGUACCACCAAUACAUUCUCCGAGCAGCCGCCAUUAAGGCGUUGGGAUCAUUCCGCAGCAACCCCACCAACUAAUGAAACAAGAAAAAAGAGAGAAAUCUGCAGCAUGGUUUUUAAAUUCAUUAUUAUUUGUUUGGUUGUGUGUAGUGAAAGAGAUUACGAGAGGAAGAUGACGAAGAUGAUGGACUAUGACAUUUGAACGUUGUGCUAUUUAUUUAUUUGUAAUCUUUUGUUGUUAUGUUAGUUUUUUUUUUCUUUCUUUUUUUGGAUGUGUAAUAUUAUGUUCUCUCUUUGUUCAUGAGAUUAGUGUCAAUUUUCUGACUUAA